AUGUUGAAAUCGGCGAAACGAAUACGGGCUCGACUCGCUAGUACCAAGAUUGUCUGGUCUAGUGCCUCUGGAGUGCGUCCUGGAAAGAAAGAAGUUGAUCUUGAACUUAAGCGAUCGGACGAGCUUCUCCGUCUUUCAUCUCAGUCAGCUUAUGUUCCUGAAACCGUCUCUGUUUAUGGAGUGACUGUUCUGGAAACAAAGAGUCCAGUGGAAGACCUUUUUGAAACGCUGGAAAUUGACGAGACCGAUGCAGGUCAAAAUACCCCACUGCCAGAAACAACCCAACAAACAACCCAAAAAACCAAAAUCAGCAGAGAGGUUCAGCAAGAAGGGAUAGCGCAGCUCCAUCCAAAGAUUUGGGCAGCAGUGGUGGACCAGCAGGCUAUUCACGAGGCACUGGAGUGGCAGAACACUUAUAAGACGGUUGACAUGAGCUUUGAGCAGAGUCGAAUGGAGACUGGACAUAAACGCUGGGCAAAGCCAUGGGGUGGCUCUGGCCAUGGAUACGAACGCGUUCGUGAUAAAACUGGCCCCUAUUUUAGAGGGGGAGCGUUUACAGAUGAGCCUCGACGUCCAUACAUCUCUAACUUUCAUAUGAUCGAUCGGGCGACCAGAAUCAAAGCUCUCGUUUCCUGCUUGACUCUCAAAUUUAUUCAGGGGGAUCUGCUUGUCGUUAGUAGUCUGACAAACAAUAUUGAAGCGAUUUCAAAGAAAUUAAAUACUAAAAAGGAGCCUGAAUUGAGCUACUUGGUGCUAAAUAAGGAUAAUGAUUAUCCAAUUCCUCUCGAGAACUGGAUUCGCUCAAAGAAAUAUUAUAACCUCUUUCCAGUGGAAGGACUUAAUGUAAAGAGUCUACUGAAGUAUGACAAGCUGAUUAUUGACUUGGAGACUCUCGAUUUCUUGGAAAAACGAUUGCUGUUUGAGAUCGAACGAUUCGAUCUGUUGGAAAGCCAUGAUGAGCCCGAGCACCCGCUUUUGAAUAGUUAUUGGAGCAGUGUGAUGACUAGUUGGAAAGACGAGAAAUUUAAUCAGGGCGGUUACCGCUCAGGACAUCACAAAUUUUACAAAGACUGGCCUAAAUCCUUCUGA